AUGGCUGCCGCAGCCCCGGAACCACUGGUGCUUCGCCAGAACUACAGCUCUGACACUGACGAGGCCGUCAGUGUCCGCAUCCGCCUGCAGCUCUACGCCUACUACGUCUAUCUCUCAUUGGCCGCCUACUUCGACCGCCCUGAAGUGGGCCUGAAGCACUUCACGAGCUUCUUCCUGCGCCGGUCUCACCAUUGGAUGAAGUGCGCUAAAAAGCUCAUGUGGAUGCUGAACAAGCGAGGUGGGUGCACCAUCUUUGACACCAUCUUGAAGCCUCACAGGGACGACUGGAGCGAUGGCGCCCAGGCCAUGGAGCACGCCUUCCGUGUGGAGAGGACUGUAACCAAGAGUCUCCUGGACCUUUAUGAGUUUGCGACUAAGAAGAAAGAUUCCAAUCUAUGCGACUUCCUGCAAUGCUACUAUCUGCGCUCCCAGGUCCGGGUCCUCAGGGAGAUCGCCGGGUAUUUGACCAACCUGCGCAAGAUAGGGACCCUGGGGGAAGACCAGGCCCAGGCCCUCUUUGACAAGCUCACUCUGGAGAGAGGUGACGAUAAAGACUGGGUAUAG